AUGCUCCAGCUGCGCACCAGGGGCUUGGCGAAAGCCGUGGGCGUGUGCAACUUCAGCACGGAACACCUGGCGGCCCUGGCGCGAACUGGCCGCGAGAUGCCCGAGGUCCUCCAAGUGGAGCUGCACUUGGCCAAUCAGCAGAGCCUCGGCGGUGCACCGUGUUCGGCGCAGUGCUUCGGGGCUUGGGGCCUCGUUUCCCAGCGUGAUCUAUCCCACUUCUGCCGCCAGCACCACAUUGCCCUCAUGGCCGCGACACCCCUGGCACGCGGGCAGCUGGCGCGCAGUGAGCGCGGCUCGCGUGCAGCACCGCUGGCACCGGCGCUCAUUGAGCUGGCGGAGCUGAAGCAGCGGACCGCAGCAGAGGUGGCGAUUCGGUGGUGCCUGCAGCAGGGUGCCAUGGCACAGGCUGCUACACAGGGUGCAGCAGAGUGCAAUCUUCUGUAUGAACUUAUGCUUAACCUUGAGUUGCACCAAGAAGAAGGGGAUUUCUCUCGUGGGCAGUUCAAUGUUUGUGAGCGAACGGCGAAGGAGUCCAAUGCUCCUUUCGGGCUGCGGCUGAGUGAGGAGGAGCCGGUGGUGGAGCCGAUGGACGGUGGAGCCGAGGGGAUGGCGCAAGUGCAAGCGGCGCCAGAAAUGGCAGUCGCUGACAUUGGCCCUCUCCAAGUGAGCGAUUUGGCUUUGCUGCGUAUUGUCAAUGAAUCCAGAAGAACACCUGUCUUCCUGCUCCUUGGGCAGCUGCACCGCCACGCGUCUCAAUGCUGGAUGUUCCUCCAUGCGGUGAUCCUGUUCUUCCUUUUCGACCUCAUCUCCUUUCCAUUUCGCUGGCUUUGCGGCUGGAAGACCGGAGAAGAUCGACUCCUGCUCCGUUAUCAAGUCUUCCCGAAGCCGGACGCCGGGACACCGACAUCGGAUGAUCUGAUCACCGAUGUGCUGCUGGGACCUUCGGUGUCCACUCAGCAGCUGGCACUGGAGAUCAUCACUCCUGGAGACUCAGACCUAAAAGAAAGUCAUUUGCAGGCCUUGAAGUUGCUGCUGAAGGGAGAUGCCACCAGCUUCCUGCAACUGGCUCGCAGCUACGUGACGCCUCGAUCCCUGGAGCCGAAGCUCAGCACGCGCGCAGAGGAACUCAAAGCUCUGGCCGCCUGUGUGGCGCAGCCGUCGCUCGAGGCGCCUUCCCGCAGAGAGAAUGAGAAGAGUGAGGAGCAGGUGACGCCUGGCGCCCAGAAAUGGGUUCAAGCCUAUAUCCACUUUGACGGGAGGGGUCCGCUCUACUUCUUUGACUGGCAGUGGGGUACGUGGUUUUGGUACUGUGGCCGGCGCUACCCCUUGCUCCCCUGUGGCAUUGGCCUCAUCUUCAUGGCGUUCUUAGGCGUUCUGGCCGACGUCGUUUGUGCUCCGUUCGUGGGCCUGAUCUACUUGACCAAGGGCAAGCAGUCCAGCUGUCUGGCCUGCGAUGGGGAGGGAAAGCAUGAAGUCAAGGCUUACCUCUACACCCACGACCAAGGAGGAGAGGGCAUCGAGUACAAGACUGAAGGCUACAUGACGGUCUUGCGCACGGACUACCAGGGUCCCUCCUACAUCACCGGCUUCAACAAGUGUUGCCGUGGCAGCUACCAGCGUUGGGGGAAGAAGGAGCUGAUUCGAUGUUUCCAAGUGCCUCAAGAGAUCCAGCUCUACCAGGAUUUCGGUUGCUAUCACAUUGUUGCCGGAGAACUGACUUUGAUCACUGCCGACGAGAUGCUGCAGAAGAUGCAGAACAUCCAAACAACAUGUGGCUGUUGCUGUUGA